AUGGUCAUUAAUUCAGGCACAGAUACCCUCUCGUACCCCGUCCAGCAGCCUGUGCACCAGGUUACAGGCAAGGAGAUGGGGGAGAAGAGGGCGUUGCCUGUUACGCUUCUUUCGGGGUUUUUGGGAAGCGGCAAAACAACCCUUCUCGAACAUAUCCUUAAAUCACCAGACCAUGGUCUCCGAAUCGCCGUCAUCGUCAAUGACAUGAGUCGAUUGAACAUCGACGCAACCCUAAUAACUCACCACCACGUAACCCAGACCAAAGAAAAACUCAUUCAGCUCCAAAACGGCUGUAUCUGCUGCACCCUCCGCGGCGACCUCCUCGCCGAACUGGCCCGCCUGGCUCAAAAGAACGACGUGCAAUAUGUUGUUAUCGAGAGCACGGGGAUUAGCGAGCCGAUGCAGGUUGCGGAGACGUUUACGACCGAGUUUGGCGCUGUGUUUGAUCAGGAGGAGUUAGGGGAGUUGAGUGAGGAGGAUAAGGCGGUUUUAGUUGAUGUGUAUGUCUUCCCUCCCUGGAAUUGGAUCUGA